CCUAAAAUUGAUUGUUCAAUUUCAAUGUUUAGUGUUUACCAUAUUUUACAUUUGAGUUUUAAAUUAAUAAAUUUUAGGCACAAUGAUUCGUUGUGCUUUUUCAGCAUUUCGCCACUUUAGACCCCUAGCAGUUUCCAGUGUUAUUCCAAACUGUAUGAAUGAUGUAAAAUGUUUCUCGUCAGUAGUGACGUCAAAGUAUGACAACAUAAUGAUUAAAAAAGUAACUGUAGUAAACUCCUCCAUCAUAAACAAUAGACAAAUUUUGGAUAUCUAUAACAAAAUUGAACCUACACCUAUAAGAACAGUUACAAAAUUUAGUCUAAGAAAAGGUAAAAGAAAGUCUGUUAAGGCUGUUUUGAAGAGAUUCAUGAGGUUAGAAUGGGGUGCUUGGAUCCGAACUAAAGUUGGUAGACAUAAAAGGAUGUGGAAGAAAUCUCAACCACAAAGAAGACGUUUGAGACAGCAUGUGUUCUGUAAUGCGACACAAUCGACUUUGUUAGAUAAAAUGGUCACUAGGUUUUGGAAGAAACCAAAGUACUAUGUUGAAGAUCCAUAUGCUCCAUAUCAUACAAGAGAAGAAUUUCACUUAACUCGAAAGAGACCUGGAAAUCAUUAAAUUAUUUUAAGAUGUAUAAGUAAUAUAGGUUCAAUAAAUUUUUAGAUAUA